AUGGAGACGUUCCACUCCAAGUUCAGGGAAGCGCUCACGCACGAGCUCGAGGCGCUCGUGAAGGAUCUGCGCGCGGCAGCGGGAUCGAUCGAGACGUCGCGCGACGCCGCCCCGACGACCCCGAUGAUCGACGACGAUCCCGCCUCGCCCUCGCCCGGGAACAGCGCAUCCACCGCGAAGCACACCGCGAACGACGCGAACGACGCCGUCUCCGUGUCGACGAUGAUCCGCGAGCUCGUGACGCGCUGGAGCUUCGUGCUGACCACGUACAGAGCGCACGUCGCCGCGGAGGACGCCGUCGUGCUCCCGGCGCUCGCCGCGAGGGUGAACAACGUCGCGCACGCGUACGAGCUCGAGCACGAGGCGGAGGACGCGCUGUUCGACGGGAUCACCGCGGCGCUGGACCGCGCGAUGGGCAGUUGCGGCCGCGAGGGAGCGGCGGAGAAGGAGGAGGAGGGUGCGGGAGGAGGAGGAGGAGGAGGAGGAGGGAUCGACGACGGGAUCGCGACGGGGAAGACGGAAACGGCGGCGGCGAAACUGCCGGACGCGUUGCUCACGGCGGUGCAAGACGCCGCGAGGACGGCGCACGCGGCGAAGACCGCGCUCGCGCAGCAUCUCCUGAAGGAAGCCGCGCACGUCGUGCCGCUGUUUAACAAGCACUUCACGGAGACGGAGCAGAGGGAUCUCGUGUCGAGAUUCAUACGCGCCAUCCCGAGCGCGAGCGUGGGGCCGGUGCUGGCGCGGGGACCGAGCACGGGGGAGCAAGGGCCGCUGCGGACGUUGCUCGCGUCGUGGCUCGAGACGGGGAAACGCGCGGGCUGGGGCGGUUACGAUGACGGCGCCCUGGAAGACGGAGGAGGAGGAGGCCACGCGGCGAAGCGCGUGAAGAGGGUCGCGUCCGAGAAGGACAUCGCGGGCGUCGCGGCGAAACCCUCUCCGGCCCCGGUGGGUCCGAUCGACCACAUCUUUCAGUUCCACGAGGCGCUCAGGAAAGAGCUGCGACGCCUCGAGGCGGACGUCCUCGCGCUGCCGCCGCCGGCGGAUGAGACGAAUCGCGCGAGCGCGCUGCGAACGCUCGAGGGCCGGUUCGUGUUCUUCUGGGGCGUCUACCGCGCGCACUCGCGGAGCGAGGACGAGCUCGUGUUUCCCGCGCUCGAAGCGAAGGAAGCGCUGCACAACGUCUCGCACUCGUACACGUUAGAUCACGAGCACGAGGCGGCGCUCUUCGUGGAGCUGGACCAGUGCCUUCGAGAGCUCAGGCAAGCGGCGGGAUUGGAGGAAGUGGCGGAGGUGGAGGACGCGAGCGGGCGCGGCGGCGGCGGCGGCGGCGACGUCUCUCCGGAGAGCGUGCGGACGAAGGCGACGGUGAAGCACAAGACUGCUGAGGCGCCGAAGUCGGAGCCCGCCCCGAGCGCGUCCGAAGCUUCCGCGUCCUCUUUGAAACCGAAGCUCGACCACGCGGCGGUGCUCGAGGUGGAGCGCCGGCUCCAAGGCGCGUGCGUCGCGGUGCGGACGUGCCUCGAAACCCACGUCGCGAUGGAGGAGGCUGAGCUCUGGCCUCUGUUCGAGUCGCACUUCACGGUGAGCGAGCAAGCGCGGCUCGUCGGCCUGAUCAUCGGACGGACCGGCGCGGAGGUGCUUCAGUCGCUUCUGAGCUGGCAGCGGAAGGCGCUCACGGAGAAGGAGAAGGCGGCGAUGAUCGGGUCGAUGCGCGACGCGAGCCGAAACACGCGGCGCGUUCUAUACACUGGUUCCCAUACGACCCCGUUGGCGUGGUUCGCGAGCUGGUUAGAGACGUGGUGGAGCAGCGAAGAGGUCGCCGACGCGGACGCGAAAGCCGCCGCCGCGAAGGGCGAGGGCGAGGGCGAGGGCGAGGGCGAGGGCGAGAGAGACGCCGCCGCCGGGGCUGCUCCGGGGGGCUCGUCGGCGCCCCGAGACGCCGCCGCCGCCGCCCACCGCGGGGAUAAACCGAACGCCGCGGCGGUGAACGGACUCGGCGAAGUCGCGGAGUACUUACACCUGCAACAGCAACAGCGAAGCUCGAAAGAUAAGUCGACGGCGGAGACGCGAAGGGCGAAAGCCGCGGCGGCGGCGGCGGCGGCGGCGGCGGACAAGACUGGAUACACCCCGUCGUGGGACGACAUGUUCCGCAUGAACCGCCAGCAGCUCGAAGAGGCGGCGCGGACGUUAUCCCGCGACGAUUCGCUCGCCCCCGAACGUAAAGCGUACCUCAUGCAGCACCUCCUCGCGGCGCGGUGGAUCUGCGCGCAGCAGCGGCGGAAACAGCUCGCGGAGGCGAAGGAGACGAACGAUCACGGACGCGGCGGGGGCGCGGCGGAGGAGGGCGCGGGCGCGGGCGCGUCCGCCGCCGUGAAAGACGGGGGGGGUGCGUCGACGCCCGGCGGCGACGGCGUCGUCGGAGGGUCGGGCGCCGGCGCGGAGGAGGCGGCGACGGCGCCGCGGCACGAGCCGAACACCGCGUCCGCCGCGCUCGCGCUCGCGGGCGCGAAGAGCGCGGCGUCGUUCCGGGAGGAGGAGGAGGAGGGCGGCGGCGGCGGCGGCGGCGGCGCGUCGUUGUGCCAGCCAAUUCCGAGCGCGGAAAAAAUCAGACGGAUGGGGUGUAAGCACUACGCGAGAGGCGCGCGGCUCGUCGCCGCGUGCUGCGGCGCCGCGCACGUGUGCCGGUUCUGCCACGACGAAGCUGAGGACCACACGAUCGAUCGGUACGCGACGACGGAGAUGGUCUGCAUGGCGUGUUCGAAGAGACAGCCGAGCGCGCGCGAGUGCAACGCGUGCGGCGUCGUCGUCGCGCGGUAUUUCUGCUCCGUGUGUAACUUCUGGGACGACAGCGAGGACAGGGACGUGUACCACUGCCCGUUCUGUAACGUCUGCCGCCGAGGUAAAGGUUUGGGGAAGGACUUCUUCCACUGCAUGCAGUGUAACUCGUGCGUGUCGCUCACGAUGGGCCCGCACAAGUGCACCGCCGGGGAGGGCGGCAAGGCGGAUGACACCCCGGACGGCGGGGCCAUGGAGAGCGACUGCCCGGUGUGCAAGGACUUCCUUUUCACGUCCGACACUCCGGUGAAGUGUUUACCGUGCGGGCACUUCAUGCACACCGCGUGCUUCAGUUCGUACACGAAGCACUACUACACGUGUCCGCUGUGUCGGAAGAGUUUAGGGGACUUUACCGCGUAUUUCCGAAUGCUCGACGCGAUUCUCGCGGAGGAGCGCGCGACGUCGGAGGACGACGGGAAGACGAAACAGAAAGUCGCGUGCAACGACUGCGGCGCGGAGACGCUCGCGCCGUUUCACUUCGUCUACCACGCCUGCGAGAGCUGCCGGAGCUACAACACGAGGGUCAUCGAGAUCGUUCGCACGGACGGAGAAUAG